UCUCACGUCCUGCGCUCACGUCCACAUGACAGCUCUCAGCUGUACGUCAACUACAACAGCUGAGCUGUUUACAGCUGCAAUGCAAGGCAUUGCAUCUCCAUUACCUUGAAAUGCGUGCAACGCAGGCUAUCAAUAGAUGACCCGAAAUUGAUGACUGGAAUUUUUGAAAUUGACGUUUUUUAAUUAGUGGUUGAUAAUUAUGAUUGUGGAGUAUAAGAAUCUUACGAACUCGUAUAUUACUUGAUUACAAAACAACUUUGGUUGUAAUUCAUACCCUAGAAUUUGUUGAGAAUUUCUUAUUGUUUUACAAUUGUUUAUACAGCUGGUAUUAGUAUUCCAACAUGAAGACUAUAUUAUACCUUGGCUCUGUGGUAGUUUUAAUGUUACUGGAUGUCAAGGGUAGUGAUUUAGUUGAAGAAUUUGAUGAAUCCUCAACAACUAAAGAAUGUGGAUGCAAGAGUACUUCUCGAAGCAAAUUAAAUGACAAAGAAGAAACUCAAGACGAAGCAGUUGAUCUGACAUUUGCAAGCAGCAAAUAUUCUGCUGCUGCAAACAUUGAAAGCAAUUUUGAGAGAACAAAUCAGAUGUCAUUCAUUAAAGGUGAUAUUUUCAAUAUGGGUACAAAUAAACCUGUGUUUGUGGCUGACGGUGAAGGACCAGAAAGAGUUGUUAAAGUUGAUAGCUUUUACAUGGACAUUCAUGAAGUGAGCAAUGCAGAAUUUGAAAUAUUUGUAAAUAACACAGGGUAUGUGACUGAAGCAGAAAAAUUUGGUGAUUCUUUUGUCUUCGAGUCUCUUCUGAGUGAAAAUACCAAAAGUAAAGUCACUCAAGCUGUAGCUGAUGCACCUUGGUGGCUUCCUGUUAAGGGUUGCAAUUGGCGACAUCCAGAGGGCCCAGAUUCAACAAUUAAAGAUCGUAUGGACCACCCAGUAAUACAUGUUUCUUGGAAUGAUGCUGUAAAAUAUUGUGAAUGGGUUGGAAAACGCUUACCAACAGAAGCUGAAUGGGAAUAUGCAUGUCGAGGAGGUCUUCAAAGCAGAUUGUACCCAUGGGGUAAUAAAUUAAUGCCUCAUGGUUGGCAUUGGACCAAUAUUUGGCAAGGUGAGUUUCCAAUUGAAAAUACAGGAGAAGAUGGAUUUAUAAGUACUGCACCUGUCACAUCUUUCCCUACUAAUUCCUUCGGUCUAAGGAAUAUGGUUGGGAAUGUGUGGGAAUGGACUUCUGAUUGGUGGAUUACUACUCACUCUUCUGAAGCAGUGUCAAAUCCAUCUGGGCCAGCAACAGGAAAAGAUAAGGUGAAGAAAGGUGGAUCAUAUUUGUGCCAUCAAAGUUACUGUUUUCGAUACCGAUGUGCUGCUCGAAGUCAAAAUACACCAGAUAGCUCAGCUGGUAAUUUAGGCUUCCGUUGUGCGUCAUCAACUUUACCAGAAUAUUUGCAGCAUAUGGGGUAACAGCUGUGAUUUUAGCUUGGGUGCUUGGCAAGAUAAAGCACAAUAUUGGUGAUACAUGAAGUUCACAUAAUGUACUUCUUUUUUUAACAAUGUUAAAGAUUAUUGAUUCAGUAUUAUUUAGUUUAAUGGCACAGGGUACAAUAUUUUUAGUUCCUUCAACGGGUUAUUAUUUAAUCUAAAGGUGGCAUUCAAGAGAUUAGUCAAGUAAUAGGCACCAAUACAAAAUAGGUUUCUUGUCAACAAAUGAUUUGCAAUUUUUAUUUGAUAUUUGAUUCUUUACUUUCAACAAUUAAUGCUCAGUUUGAUUUUUCUUUUCUUCCUCUGGUAUGAUUUGUUCCUUCCUGUCUUGGAGUUAGUUAAUUCUUUUAAAACAUUACAUCUUCCAGAUUGUAAUUUAAUGAUGUGAUUACAAAAAUUAUUUAUAAAGGAAAAAAAGUUGAGUAAUAAGGGUUCACUCACUGAAAAGUAUACUUCCGAAUGAAUGUUAAAUAUUUUUUAACAAAAACAUUUUUGCUAAGAAUGUGAAUAAAUUAAUUUUUUCCUAUCAAUUUAUUUUGUGAGCAUAAGUAGCCUACUUAAAGCAAAGGUAUACGAAAGUUUGUGAUGCCUGGUUUUUAACUUUUAUGUGUGUGUGUGAAAAAUAAAUUUGAACUCAACUGAUUAUUAACAAUGAUAAUGUGUAACUUCAGAUUUAAAAUUUGCACAACUUUCAAUUACUAAUCUAAUUACCAAGCUAAUUUUUAUCAAAUUCAUGCAUUAAUGUAUAAAGUGCAGUGUUAUGAAAGGUUAAUAUUUUUUUGCAUUAACUCCUGUAACAUUGAAUUAUAAAUAGUCCAAAUUCCACCAUAAUGAAUUGCUUGGGGGAUGAUUUACUAAAAAGAAAUGUCUUAUUUUUACACAAGGGGAUAAAAGGUGUAAAAAUAGUAAAUGUGAUACUGGGAUAUGAACUUAUCUUGUUGUAUUUUUCCUAAAAAUUUGAGAAAUUUGAAGAAGCAUAUCAAAACAGACAAUUGUCAAGAAGAGAAACAUUACCUUGAGAAAUAAACAGAGAAUAUAUUAUUUUAAAAGAAAAAUGUCAGGUUUAGAAGACAUCACUAAUGAUUUCUCAGUGAAAGAAACCUAAUGGAUCAAAAAUGUUUUGAUACAUUUUCUUCAAAUUUCAUUCCUAGGAAAGAAGAGAAUUUUCUGACCUGAGCUUGUUAAGUUGACUUGUUCAGUUGUCCUUACAACUGUAAGGAACAAGUAGUUUAGUUAGGUUUUUUAGUGCAGAUAACUGACAACUGUUGUUGGAGUGGUUGGAGGCAAUUAAAUAAUUUUAAAAAAAUUUCAUAUAUGUUAAUUUAGUUUCAGGUUAUAUUCAAAGAAAGAAAUGCACAACAAUAUUUUGAACUAUGUAUUUGAAAUCGAAUUACAAAUAGGAAUUCAAUAACCUUGCAUAACAGGUUCAUUUAUAAAUUCUGCUGAAAUACUUUUCAGAAUUGUUCUGUGGUAUCAGUGUUGUGCCUUAAGCUGUUAAACAUAAUUACAUGAAAUGCACAUUACAAGAAGUUCCUUGAUCUUAUUAGAAGAUUGGCUGAUUUAACAAUUUGCACUUAACUCAAAACACAUCUUUUCACACUAUUGGUUCAAAACUAUAUCAAGAUAAUAUCAACACUACAAAAAUGAUCAUGAAUGUAAAAUAAAUGAGACUAAGGACGUCAAAAAGUAAAAUAAUAUGAGAUAAUAAUGUGAAGAAAGAAAAUGAUGUUUAAUGUUACUUUUCUUCUGCUCUUUGAAAAUUACAGUUUUUUCCUUAUUUAUUUACAAAAAUGUAAUGUAUGCAGUUAUCUGAGUAUGCCAAAGCUGUGUGGUCUAAUUCAUAAAAACAAAUUGGCUGGAAUCACUGGAGAACAAAAUAUUGGAGAAAUAGAGGGACUAAAUAAUGGUAAGACUCAGUAAGUGAUUUACAGGAAAGGCAACUGAAAGUUUAAAAAAAUUUUGGCAAACAGGUGGUCAUCAUAAAACAUAGAUUUAUUGCAUUCAAAAUACUGCAUACUUUACUAUAUCAUAUUACACUACUUCACCAAUGUCUUACCAAUUUCUGGCAGAAAUGGAAAAGCUAAGUAUUUCAAUUUUGUAUGUUAAGUAACAUUCCAUUGUCUAGUCCCACUACCCCAAAUAAGAAUUAUUAUUUUCUGCCAACAAAAAUUAUUUAGAAAAUUUUCAUUUCAGGUUUUGUCUACUUAUCCAAUCUUCAUAAGAUACGUUUUUUAAUGAAGUCAUAAAUAUUCAUUAAUAAAAAAACAAAGUAUUUUACAAAAAAAAUUUAAGUUUGCAUUCAAUGUGACAUAAUGACUUAAAUACUUGUGAUAUAGACAAAAUUUCUACAGAAUGUCAAAUAUUUAAGUAGUUUUUAAAAAUGUGAAUUUUGAAUCUUUUGUUUGUGUGUAUUGUAUAUGCAUGUCAGUGCACAACUUCAAAACUAUAGAUGGAUUUUGAAUGUUAGAUGUCAUGUCAUUUCACCAGCCAAUUAAUGUGAUUCAUAUUCUACAAAAUUAUACUUGAUUUGAGAAUUAUAUUUACUUUUUACGAAGAAAAAAUCCUGUAAAUGUUUUCAUUAUUUUAUGAUUAGAUAUACUCGAAUCAUUCCUAUUACAUAUUUUGCUUUCCAAAUUUUUCUACAGGAGUUCAAAACAUUUUGUAUACGAUUUAGAAAAGACACUGCAGAAAAUUUUAUGAUCACCUAUCAUAUACAUUUUCUAUAUUGAAAGUACAUACACUUCACUUUAUUGCAGAAGUUUCAAACUGGAACAACCCUUUGUGAGUUCAGGAAAAAUUGGAGGAGGACAGUUUUGUUAAAUGAAACAGGGCAAUAUAUAAAAGCAGUUAAAAGUACAACAAGAAAGAUCGUAAUUUUUCCUUUGUGUACCUCAAGUUAUAUAACAUUAAAAUCCUAACUUAUAUGCAUGAAAUUUCCUUUCAUGUUUUGGCUUCAAGCUAUAAAUACUGAUUGUCAGCAGUGGCAUUAAAGUGUUCUAACAUACUUUUACUGACAAUCGUUCACCAGUAUUUUGAUAAAGUUUCCUGUUUCAUUGUAAUUUUAACCUCUAUUAUCAUUGUGAAAAAAUUUAAGUUUGUGCUACUGUUAACUUGAUGCUGCUAACUCGUUUUGAGAAGAAUUCAGUGCCUAUUUGACUUUCGUAAAUUACCUUUUUAAGUGGAUAUUCCAAUGUGAUUAAUAUUUGUAAUAUAAACAUGAAAACUAUUUGAUAAACAUCAUAAGGUAAUUUUAGUAGAGAAAGAAGUAUGUUAAUAAUGAAGCAGUAAAGAAGCCAAGGUUAAUGUUAAAUUGUAUUAUUUGGAAUAUUGACUCCAGUAGUAACAAUCAUGUGCAGUAAUUUCAGUGUUGUUUACUGUUGAAUUACAAAGGUUCCUUACAUGAAAGGCUACUUCAAAUUUCAAGGAAUUAUUCAGUGUAUAUUUGGGUAGCUAAAGAAUUUUUUUUUAACCAGCACUCCAAGCAUGUAACUAAGAAAAUAAUUUUGUAAUUGAAAAGGUUUUUAAUUACUUUGUGGAAUUGUUUCCAACAAUUGCCUUUUUAACAAAAAAAUUGUUCUGGCCCCAGCCAGGACUGUAUUAUGUUAAACGUUGUUAUAUUAUACAUAGUCACACUAAUGUUAAAAAUGCACAAUUAUUGUUCCAGGAAUGAAUUUCAUUGAGCGUAAAAUUUUGAAAAUCAAAAUACACAGCAUCUUUAAAAUAUUGGACAGAAAUAAAGCCUGUUUCUUGUUAAGCAAAUAAAUAUAUGUACAUAUUAAUAUUUUUACCAAUUUUGAAAUGACAGUGACAAUAAGAUUGUGUUAAACAGUUUGAAAUCUGAUGCAAAUGCAUUUUUCCUUGUAACUAAGAUUUUGAGGAACAGGUAUUUGUGAAGUAAAAGAUUGUUGUGCAGCAUGUUAGUCAAUUUGUCAUCUGUGUGACUUGAGAAAAGAAAUAAUCACAGAAUUAUGUACAGAAAAUAGUUUAGUGAUUGAAAGAAAAAAUGAUUUAAAGAGAGCUACUUAAAAUGGAUACUUAAUAUUGUACUUAAAAGUUGAUUAGAUGUAUUGUAAUAUGUGGAAAAGUUAUGUGAAACUUUCUUUUGAAGAGUGAAAGAAGAGUUUACAUUAUUGUGAAGAAAUGUGGCUAAAUAUUUGAACUGGUAAAUAAAUGAAAAGUUGAAAAGAAGUAUACUCUCAUUUGCCAUAAAUAUGUAUGUAUUCCUCGUGUCAUAAAAUUCAUUGUAGAUCAGGGUUUGAUCAUGUUUAAAUGAAAAAGUAACUGAGGAGUUCACUAAAUCAUGGGUAUUUCUUCUAUAAAUUUGUAAUACAUUUAUUGCCAGUAUUUGUGCAUAUUUUUUUUGUAUUUGUACAGUUUUCCUCAUUGUUACUAAAUAAAUACAAACUUUAAACAAAUUGUGUAAUUUUUUUACAGGAACAUAUUUAUUAAAUCCAUUUAUUCAUAAAAUACCAUUAACAUUUGACUAAGUUAAGAGAGAAUUACCUAAGUGUACUUCAUGUGAUUCAUAAUGUAGUGCAUGUCAUAAAAAGUUUGUCACCUUCAUGGCUUAACAAACACAUCUUCCUGACAAUGUUUCAUUCACUGUUCACCACUGCUCCUGGUUACCUCAUACUAAUCUGUAUUCAGUGUUUUCAUUUGUGUGUGUUAUGUCAGACCCUCCAUCAUCUUCAAACCAUUCUCAAAAUAAUUUGUUAAUACAAAUAUGGUUGUAUUUUUAACCAAAACAUUGGAAGAAAAAACCAGAAAAAAUUAGAGAAUUUUCUCUCUUGAAAUUUGAAGUUCUAUUACAAAAAGAGACAAUGAAGAAUAUGAAAAAUAAACUAGUUUGUGACUCAGAUUUUAAUGUGUUGUUAGCGUUCAAUUUUUACUUUCUUGUAUUCAUACGUAAUGAAGUAAUAUACAUAUAUAGAGAAUGUUAUACUGCACCAAAAAAACAGCAAAUUUUUCAAUGGAAAAACUCCUGUGGGGUCCUAAUAGAGAAAAAGUAGAUAAAUCCUCUUCUAAAAUGCUUUAAAUUCCUAGCUGUAUUACAUUAUGUAGUCAGAUUACAGAAAUUGUGGGAUGAUACCGAAAAAGUGAUACCAACCUUGAUAGCAGAAAAGUGUUUUCGCAAAAAGUCUGUUUGUCCGUGAACACCACUACCACGUAAACCAUACAUAGGAUUUCUUCCAAAAU